AUGCGCGCUCCUCGAGCAGCUUCGAGCCUGUUGGCUCUGCUCGCGGCCUCCCGGCACGCGCUUGGUGAAGAAAUAUCAGAUGUUCCGCCGGUCAAAGAAUUUCUCCGCAGGGGCGGCGUGUCCGCCACUGUUAUCGGGGACUACGUUUACAUCGACGGUGGCGAAAUGUCCCAGCUUCUCGACGGCCGCCGACUAUUUUCUAACCGCCACGCGUGUCUAGUGAACUCGACGAUUUCCAUCGACAUCUCCAAAUCAUGGACCAGCUCCGACGCCGUCCUUCGCCCAAUACUGCGGCCAUGGGGAUCAAAAUCCAACCAAGUAAUCUGGACGGACCACGAGAAAGACACUUUUUACGUGUGGGGCGGCAAAUGGAUUCGGGGCGCCAACAUGACGGCCAACGAGCUGUGGAAGUUCACCGCAGAUGGUAGCGGUGGGGGCGCCUGGUCGAAGGAACUCCCGGCAAACCCGGCGCUCUUCAACUCGUUGGAGGAGUACGAGUACGGCGUCUCUGUCAGCACCAACACCACGGGGUUCAGCAUGGGGGGUGUCGCAUCAGGCUGGACGAGACUGUACCGGGCGUCGAAUCAGGUAAUUACCGGUAUGGUCGCAUUCGAUAUGAACACGAAGCUGUGGUACAACGGGACAACCGAAUGGAGCCCUUUCAACACCAUUACCGCCGGGAGUGCGCACUGGGUUCCCAUUUAUGGGCCCAACGGGUUGGUCAUGGUGUUCGGUGGGAUUUCGAUGCCUAUUGAUAGUUCGGACUGGGUCAAUGCCACGCCGCUAGACUUUCGCAACAUCACCUUUUUCGACCCCGACACCAAACAAAAGUACACUCAGGUUACGACGGGCGAUGUGCCCUCGUCCCCGCGCGGGACGUUCUGUGUGACUGGGUUUCAGAACAAGGGAGGGGGCUACGAGAUCUUCCUCUUUGGUGGAUACAAUGACCGCGACAAAAUCAUGCACAACGACGCGUACGUUCUCAGCUUGCCCGGGUUUGUAUGGACCAAGCUACCCGACUCUCCUGACGGAGGCCGGAGGUCACACUCGUGCCUUGCUGUCGGCAACCGGCAGGUCCUGAGCAUCGGCGGCACGCAAACAGGAUGGGAAGAUGCGGAUCCCGCUCCGCAGGGUCUCGCGCUGUUUGACAUGGUCGACUGGAAGUGGAAGCACGCGUAUGAUGCGAAUGCGAAGGCGUAUGUGCGGGCUCCCAAGAUCAAGAAGUGGUACGACGACGGGGGGCUUGACUCGGUCGACUGGUCCUCGGACGAGGUGCGGAAAUUGUUUGUCACCAAAUCCACCUCUCAAACAGGCAACGCCGGUCCAUCCGGUACCGGGACAAGCGAAUCCGACUCUUCAUCCUCCACGCCCAUCGGCCCCAUCGUGGGCGGUGUCGUCGGUGGCCUAGCCGCCAUUGCCCUCUGUGCGACCAUCGUUUGGUGGUUGAUCCGACGACGGGCCAAGGCUGCAGCCGGGAACAACGGUCCGGGCCCCGAGAGCGAGGCGACUUAUACGGACGGGCCCUACCACCAUCACCAAGCCCCCGAGGCCCUCAAACAAGGGGCGUCCGUACGCGCCAGCGAAGCCCUUUCGCUGGUUCCCCAGAAGUACGAGCCGUAUGAGUUGAACAGCCAACGCUCGCAUGCUGAGCUGACGGGGAAUUACUACCAUCCUGAACACCAUCCGGAACACCAUUCGGAACACCAUCCCGACCCCAACAGCGCCGGCCCCGAAGCGCCUCCGUACAAAUACCACGACGUACAGGCCAACUUCCACUACACGGCGCCGGUGGAGAUGGAGGCUACAACACCGCGGUAUUUGAGUUGA